AUGACUUCGAAUCUAGUUGGAUCUGCGGAAGCAGCAGCAUUUGACCAAAUUGAUCUGCUUUUAAAUACUGAUGCCCCUCAAACAAGUGCUGCACACAGCGAUUUGCAAGCAUUUGUUACACAACCAGGGUUUGCGAAUCCAACAACGUCUUCAAUUUCUCCGAGUCCGGUUAACAGGCUCAGUCGAAAACGCAGACGUGUCGCUAUAAAUUCGAUACCAGCGGAUCAAAACGUUCCCCAGCAAGCUAUUCAAGCAGUUGAUUUCUACACGGAAGAUGUACUGAGGGGUGAUGGUACGGAAACUUGGAGCAGUGUUUUGGAAGAGAUCUCGGAGGCCAUCAAAAAUAUACCUGAGGUCAUUUUAACAGACAACAGCGAAGUCGUAACUUCAUCCGGGGUUCAAGGGUCAUCUACUACGGAGGAUUUAAUUGUUCCGGUGAAAUCAUCUGUGGAUCUACCAUCCAACCAGUAUCACUUUAACCAUGAGUUGAUGCUGGAGAUAAGUGAAAAAUGUCGCCAGAUGCAAGAAAGCCUGAACAUCCACAGUGAACUAACGAGACGGAUGUAUGGAUGUAUUGACACUUUAUUAUCCAAUUCAGCGGAGCAAGGUUCGUUAAACAGGGUACUGUUGGAACGUACAGACAAUCUUGAAGGGACAUUACAAAGGAGUGUACAGAGCCAUGAAAAUGAACGCCACAAUAGACAACUAAUGGUAAGAUUAUUGGCUAAUCUUAAUCGCGCUAUUUUACACAAUGGUAGACUUUAAUUAAGGUUAAAAAACUGUUCUUGAGUCGUUGUUGUCCGGAAUUAACGACUAUUUAGUAUUCUUAAAAACAAAAUGAUUUCUUGAUAUACUUUUUGUUUGAAUUAAGGUUUAUUUUAACAUUGCUUCUAGAGCUGCUAUUGGUGUAGGGGUUUAAUGUGUAUUUUGUGCAUUCUAGCUACUGUGUUUAUUUUGCAGGAAUUAAGGGUAAUUUGAAAUGCUUUUCUUCAGCUACUGUGUUUAUUUUGCAGGAAAUAAGGGUUGUUCUUAUUUGUAUGUUUGAUUAUUUUAGUGUGUAUUUUGUGCAUUCUAACUACUGUGUUUAUUUUGCAGGAAUUAAGGGUUUUUAAUUGCUUUUCUUCAGAUACUGUUUUUAUUUUGCAGGAAAUAAGGGGUGUUCUUAUUUGUAUGUUUGAUUAUUUUAGUGUGUAAUCAGAGGAGAAUCUGUCUAACGGGUAAUACUAUUUUUAAAAAUGGCGGGUAAAAGAGUAAGGUCAGAUGAUGAUUUAAAUGGCUGUCAACAGAUACGUUCUGUAAGAGGUAGAAAUGAGCAUUUGUCUUUAACUGAACAGCUACAAGAAGAUAUCGAUCAGCAAAUCGAAGUUCUUGGGGGGAUUAUCGAAAUU